GUUUUUAAGCAAAAAAAUAUCGUCAUUAGAGUAGUGUUAUUGUAAUUAGAAUAUGUGGCCACUUCUCCUUUCAACUGUGUUCGUUGGCGCCCUAGGGCUCCGCACAUUAGAGCCCCCGCCACCCCCGUCCACAUCCCGAGCUGACCCAGAAGAAAGGUGGCUGGACAUCAGACUAGACCACUUCUCAGCUUUCAACAAUGACACGUUUCCUAUGCGUUACUAUUACAACGACCUGUUGGCUUUUCCCAACCAGCGUGAUAACCACAUAGUAAUCGAAGUGGGGGGUCAGUGGACCAUCUCCCCGGAAUGGGUGACAGGUGGUCUUGCCUUCGAAAUAGCUGAGUUUCUCAAUGCUGGCGUGUUUUAUACAGAACACCGGUUUUACGGUCUGUCCAGGCCUACAGAUGACACAGAUGUGGACAACCUUCGUUACCUCACGGCAGACCAGGCCCUUGGCGACCUCGCCCAAUUCAUACAACAUGUCAAGAGUGAGAACUUCCAGAAUGGAAUGUACAGUGGAGGUAAGGUGGUCCUCGUGGGGUGUUCCUACGCCGGCAGCCUGGCCACGUGGAUGAGGCUCGGGUACCCCCACCUGGUGGACGCCGUGUUCUCUGACAGCGCGCCUCUUCAGGCACAAGUCGACUUCGUGGAAUAUUUCGAGAAAAUCAAUGACGUCAUAUCGGAGCAGGGCGGCUCCGCUUGUGUGACCGCUAUAGCAGAGGCCAUCGCCGAAAUUGAAGCCCUACUAGCCACGGAAGUCGGCGCCAACACCAUAUCAGAUGUAUUUAAUACAUGCAGCCCACAGCAGACAAACCCGAUGGACGCUUCCACCUUGAUGUACAGCAUCACAGACACCAUCGCCGAGCUGGUGCAGUACGCCCUCCCUGGCAACGUUAGCGGCGCGUGCGCAGCCCUCACUGACGCCAGUGAAUCCAGUGCCAUGCGUCGCCUUGCCAACUUCGUGAACAGUUACCCUUCAUCGCAGCCGUGUAUUAGAAACUCUUAUGCGGAGUUAGUCGCUGGGCACACCAACACCAGCUUCGACGCUGAGGACUCAGAAACGCGCUUGUGGACAUACCAGUCUUGCGUGCAGUUCGGCUGGUUCCAAUCUACCAACGGUGAACACCAUCCGUUCUCCAAUGCUGUGCCGCUGGAGUUCUUUCAGCAGAUGUGCCUGGACUUCUUCUCCUUGUAUUUCAACUCAAACCUAACGGAUGCCGGCGUGAGAAGGACCAAUCUCUUCUUCGGGGGCAUGACCCACCUUCCUGACCACGUGGUCUCGGUGUCCGGGGGCGCGGACCCCUGGGCGCCAUUGGGACCCACGGAGGCGGACGCCACGCCUCUCUCGCACGUGCUUCUCGUGCCCCGCGCCUCACAUUGCAGGGCUAUACAUUCCACUCAAGACAGCGAGACAGACGAGAUUCUCGAGGCUAAAUGGGAAGUAAUAAACUUGAUAAGUGAGAUUAUAACUGGAACAAGGGCGAACAGCGCGACUGGUGUUUUUGCGUCACUAGCUCUCGUACUAUGCGCAGUUUUGAGUGUAAUAGCUUGAUGUCUUAAAAAUAAG